AUGUCGGAGGUCAACGUCGUGAUCUAUCUAGUGCGGCACGACAUGCGCGUAAAAGAUAAUCCUAUAUUGGACCGUCUUGCCUCGUCAAAAGAUCACGGCUUCACACAUCUUCUCCCUCUCCAUGUCAUCCCUCCCUAUCAAAUGGAAGUGUCCGGCUUUUUGAAGAAUGGUACAAAAUCUCCCUAUCCCGAGGCUAGAAGCGAAGUUGGCCGUUUCUGGCGCUGCGGACCGCACCGAGCUCGGUUUAUAGCUCAAUCGCUCUGGAAUCUCAAGGACAAUUAUAUUAAGUUGGGCAACGAUUUGAAUAUACGGAUCGGGAAGUCUCAUGAAUUGCUAAAAGAUCUUAUAAAUGGCCUCAAAGAACAGCAAAUAAGGGUCAGUGCAGUCUGGAUGAUUGCUGAAGAAGGGUACGAAGAGGAACAAGAGGAAAAGAACUUGAAGGAAGCUUGUUCGGCCCUUGGUAUCCAGCUCGAAAUGUGUGUGGAUGAGAAGUAUUUUAUUGACGACCGAGAUCUAAAAUUAGCAACCCCUCAAGAUCUUCCAGAUGUUUUCACCUCAUACCGCAAGAUGAAUGAACCAUUGAGAGAGCGUCCACGACCGACGAAAUCGCGACCUUCAGGGGGCUCUCUGCCCAAGCCCGUCGAGGCAUCUCUGAUACCCGCCCAACCAGAUCCUUUCGAGAUUCCGACGUCUCUUGAAGCCCUUGAGGCCGCCUUUCUUCGUCCUAUUGAACGAGAUCUUCCGGCAGUCAUUCGUGUGGACGAGAUGAAGUCUGCUCAUCCAUUCCGAGGUGGUGAGGAUAAUGCGUUAGAUCGUCUGCAGUACCUGAUUAACUCAGGCAGCGCUUCGUCGUAUAAGUCAUCGCGCAAUGGGCUAUUGGGGGUAGAUUAUAGCACUAAGCUAUCUGCCUACCUAGCACAAGGCUGUAUAUCUGCUCGCCAAGUCCACGAAGAACUCUUGCAUUACGAGGAUGGAGCUGAUGAUAAGUACGAAAAUACGGACGGAUACGGACAAGGGGAAAAUGAAGGUACCCAGGCCAUUCGGUUCGAAUUGCUAUGGCGCGACUACAUGAGACUCUGUACCCGAAAAUUUCGAGCGAAGCUGUUUCAUCGAUCGGGCUUUCGGAAUGAACACAGUCAGAAGUGGAAAACAGCGCGUACGGACGACAAAUCCGCCGAAGAGCAGUCACAAUCAACUGACGACGUCGCCGCCACUGUGCACCGAAUUCUCGAGGGUACAACUGGUCAAAGUCUGAUUGACGCAUCUCAACGAGAGUUGAUACACACAGGAUACACAUCCAAUCGGGCGAGGCAAAACGUCGGCAGUUUUCUCGCAAAACACCUCAACAUUGACUGGCGCUAUGGCGCAGAGUGGUACGAAUUCAUGCUCGUCGACUACGAUGUCAACUCCAACUGGUCAAACUGGCAGUAUGUCGCUGGAGUAGGCAACGACCCUCGGGGUGACGCCCGUAUUUUUAACCCUGUGAAACAAGCUUUCGACUACGAUAAGGAUGGGGAGUAUGUUCGUUGUUGGGUGCCUGAAAUUCGAAAGGUCGAGAAACUCGAGAAUUUAUUCCAACCAUGGACGACGCCCAAGGAAGAUUGGGAACGGUUCGGCCUGAAUGGUCUCGCCAUGGCUGAAAACCCAGUGAAAAGGAUAAACUUCUCAGUCGAAGGGAAACCAAAGUCUUCCCGUAGGCCUUACGUUCGCAAGCGUGGCCAGGGACGAGGUGAAAUGAACAACUCGACCACUUCUAAAUCGACGCCUUCUGAUAAUGGUAUUGAAGAGAAACCGCCUACCGCUCAGGGACCACACGGGGCGAGAAAUUCUACGGCCAACUAUCGUGGCGGUCCUCGUGGGGGAGCACGAGGUAUGGGUGGAGGUGGAAGGGGGCGUGGCUAUGGUGGCCCAAGAAGAGGAUUCCACGGAGGUCGUGGUGGCUUUCAACAAUCGUACACCCAAGUGCAUGGGGCCAUACCACCACAUCCAUGGUCACAAUCCCACAUCGGACCUGCAUAACGAGACGUGCAGCUCUGCGCCACAAUCAUGAUCUAUACAACAGGAGUCUGUGUGUGCAAUUCAAAACGAAUAAUGGUUAAUGAGUGUGUACAAUAUUUCAAGCACGGCCUUGAUUGCAUGUUGCUAUUAGGACAGCAUAGGCGAUCACAGGAGCCUAUAUGUGUUCCCGGUUGGAAAAGAAAAGGCAGGGUUUCAUUAAAAACAAAAUUGCGAAGUGUCAGCAAGUUUAGAUCUUUCGUCGACUAUAUUAGUCAAUUCAAUACAGCGCCAAUGUUGUUGGCGGACUUCAAUUAUGUUUCUACCAUCAUGGUAUCUACCUACACGCACAUCAAGUAAUCAGCCUGGCCCAAAGGGCGAUUAGGUUAAUAAUAUAUUGCCAGAUAGGCAUCUACAACAAUUCGGUCAUUUGUAGCACUUCUAACUGAAUGGCUUGUAAAUAUACGGGAGGGUGUGCAUCGUCCCACUGUCUGAUAGCUUCUUGGUCAACAGCUGAUGAGAAGAUGGACAACCC